AGUGGCUUGGACGAAGACAUUAUCGAAAUUCCAUCUUUGUGUGUGGUCAACAGAUCGAUAGUAGAAGAAAUGUUUGGCUGCGGUAAUGAAUUCGACUUACAAGACUUGGCCAGUAAAGCGAUUUUAUGUCCAAAGAACGAGGAAGCUCUGAAGCUUAAUGAAGAAAUUCUUUCCACGUUUCCAGGUCAAGUUUUCACGCACUACAGUGCAGACUCGGUUAUUUGCGAUGACGAAGAAGAACAAGAAACGUAUCAGCUGGAUUUCAUCCACAGCCUGACGCCUUCUGGAAUGCCACCUCAUCGUCUGAAUUUGAAAGUUGGAGUUAUAGUUAUGCUUCUACGAAAUCUACAUCCAUCGGUUGGACUCUGCAACGGAACAAGGCUCAUUGUGAAGAGAAUUAUGCCAAACGUUUUAGAUUGUGAAGUCAUCUCUGGACAGAAUGCUGGAUCGAGAGUUUUCAUUCCACGUGUUGAACUUUCACCAUCAGAUUCAAACCUCCCCUUUCAGCUCAAGCGAAGACAGUUUCCCAUCAGGCUUGCAUUUUGUAUGACUAUUAAUAAGUCACAGGGACAGACGCUUAAGAAAGUUGGAAUUUAUUUACCGCAACCAGUUUUCAGUCACGGAAUGCUUUAUGUAGCUUUUUCAAGAUGUUCGUCUAUGAGGAAUGUUCGUGUUUUAGUGAAAGACACCAAGAAGCAAGGCCGUUUGAUACCCGCAUGUUCUAAAGUAUUCACAAGAAAUAUUGUUUACAGGGAGGUUCUGCAGUAAAAAAGUUACUCGAGACAUUGAAACAGUGAGAUUUUUGCAACACAAAAUGAAGUUAAUCAAGCCAAAGCAAAAAUGAAAAAGAUUUGAGGUUUUUGGAUGACUGGGAUAAAUUGAAGCAAGUCAAGAUGAAGCUGAAACAGUUUGAGAAUGAUGCAUUAGUCGGCUUUUAUGUCUGUUGUUACAAAGUGGAAUUUUGGAGUAGUUAGGCAAUCGGAAGCUGUAUUAUUUUUUCAAUGUUGUAAAUAUUUUUUAUAAAUUUUCCUUUUCAGGUCUACAUACAAUUGCGUUAAUUAAUUUUAAAACAUUUUAUGUAUUUUUCUUUUUUAGGUAUGUAUG